UUCUUAUUUGGUCAUUCAGAGUUUAACUGUAGUCUAGAACUAUUGUUCAAAAUCAUUUUCUCGUAGUGAACAUUCAAUGAUGUCCAAAGAAAUUCGAAAUAAUCGAAAUGAUUCGAUGAAAAUUGUUAUUGUGGGUGGUGGACUGGUAGGCUCUCUAGCCGCUUUGCAUCUGGGAAAAAGAGGAUACGAAGUACAUUUGUACGAAUAUCGUGAGGAUAUUCGUAAAUCUCAACUGGUAGCCGGACGCAGUAUAAAUCUAGCAUUAUCAGCCAGAGGCAGGAGAGCAUUAACUGAAGUCGGUUUAGAGGAUCGUCUUCUUGAUCAUGGGAUACCGAUGCGGGGACGAAUGUUACACGACAUCAAAGGUCGCACAACGUUCGUGCCAUAUGACCGAAACACAAGACAGUGCAUCUAUUCCGUCGGAAGGAAACAUUUAAACGAGAUUCUUCUAACUGCUACCGAGAAUUAUCCGAAUAUUCAUCUUCAUUUCAAUAACAAAUUGACGUCGGCUAAACUCAAACAUGGUGAACUGAACUUUACCAAUCCAAAUACGAAAGAGACUGUCCAAGUAAAUGCUGACCUAGUAGUAGGCUGCGAUGGAGCUUACAGUGCUAUAAGAAAACACAUGCUUCAGCAACAUGGAUUCGAUUACAGCCAAACCUACAUCGAGCAUGGAUAUAUUGAGCUCUGUAUACCGUCAAAGGAUAACGAGUUCGCAAUGCCAAAAAAUUUCCUACAUAUCUGGCCGCGAGGUAAAUUCAUGAUGAUAGCCUUGCCGAAUCAGGACAAAACAUGGACUGUGACGCUUUUCAUGCCAUUUAAGAAUUUUGAAAAACUGAAAUCGUCGCAUGAUAUUCUGCUGUUUUUCGAAAAAUAUUUUGCUGAUGCUAUCCCGUUGAUUGGCGAGAAACGGCUCAUAGAAGAUUUUGCGAAAACGAAACCUCAACACUUAGUUUCAGUAAAGUGUCAUCCGUAUCACAUCGACUCCAAAGUACUGCUAAUGGGUGACGCAGCCCAUGCAAUGGUUCCGUUUUUCGGACAGGGAAUGAAUGCUGGUUUCGAAGACUGCACUUUGCUCAGUCAAAUUCUCGAUAAAAAUGGUGACGACUUAAAAGCUACAUUGGCUGAAUUUAGUGAGACACGAUGGGAAAAUGCACAUACCAUUUGUGACUUAGCCAUGUACAACUAUGUAGAGAUGCGCGACUUGGUCACAAGAUUUUCAUUUCGAGUUCGAAAGUCCGUUGAUGACUUCUUAUUUUGGAUGAUGCCGAACAGAUGGAUGCCGCUGUACAAUUCUGUGUCCUUCUCUCACAUGCCGUAUAAAAAAUGUUUGGAGAAUCGGAAGUGGCAGGAUAAUAUCCUUAAUCGUACAAUGUUGUCAUUAGCUGGAGCUUUACUCGCUACCGUGACCUACGCCUGCGUUGCUUCCAUUAAAUAUUCGAUUUUCUGUAAUUGACUGAUUUGCUUAUCGAUGGACGACAAAAAUAAAGUACUAGAUUGAGUAUAA